AUGGAGGACCGGAAGAGGCCCGCCGCAGACAAUGACUCGGCCCCGCCUUUAAAGAAACAGGCUACCACCGCGAACGGUGGCAGUAAGCCACAUCCUGACGCUGAUAUGCCAUGGAAAGAUGAUUUGGAGCGGUUUCAAAAAGAAGCGAUACUGCGCCAAAUGCAAGAGUACAAGCGGGAGAAGUCUUCAUUGGAAUCGCGUUUGAGUCAAAUGUCAAAAGCUGCCACGUUUCACAAUGACCACCUGCGUGUUAUCGAUUCUUGGUUCAAACAGUUGAUUGAUGAAGUGAAAGUACUUCUCGGGCCAUCGCAAGCCGAAGAUCAAGAGCAACAUUUUAAAAGUUCCCUGCAAUUUGAAGAUGUCGAGAGCUUUGAGACGCACUUGAAAUCGCGAUCGGAGGAUAUUCGCGCAAUAAUCUCACAAGUCCAAUCCAAAUCCAGCGAUGCGCCACCCGAGAUUUCAGAAGUUCAGACCCGCCUUGCGAAGAAGCUGGCAGAGGAGAAGGUUGCGAUCGCAGAGCUUGAAAAGACUCUCGCGGAAAAGCAACAGUUGGAGGAAAGCCUUGAAGCUGCUUCGCUGCGGUAUCUAGUGGCUGAGAAGAAACUAGACCGCGCGAAGAGUAUGACUGUUGCAAAGCUAGAGAAGCAACAACUUAUGGCUGCCCGGCCUGUCGACGCAACACAAACGAAGCGCGAAGAAAGCUCACCCGCGAACGGAGGGACUCCCGCGGGGGAGCGCAAUCCUGAGCUUGAGGAUGCUAAUAACAAGCUGACGGCAGUUUCGGAAAAGCAAAAGGAGCAAAUCCAAAAGCUGGAAGCCGAGAACGCCUCUUUGCUUAGCCAAAUUACUGAAAUCAAAAUCAAGUAUUCCAAACUCUCGGAUGACGAUUACGCACAUACGGACCUUUUCAAGCAACUGCGAUCACAAUAUGACGAUGUAGUCAAGCGCAUCAACCAUCUGGAGGCAACGAAUACUCAGCUCCGCGAGGAAGCCGAAAAGUAUCGCACCGAAAGAACUGCAUACAAAAUGCAGAUGGAGGAUGAAAUUCAUAACACCGUUGCGGAGAAGGAAGCUCAGUUGAUGAGAGCGGAAGCCGAUCUUGCCCGGAUACGAAACGCUCGUGAUGAGCUUCUAGCCGAUCAACAAAUGCGGAAAGCCGCCCAGGACCAGGAAAAGUCUUCUGCAUUGAAGCUCCAAGAGCUAGCAGAUGCUAGGGAGGCCCGGAUUGCAGCUCUCGAGUCGGAGACUCAAAGGUUACAAGUGCAGAUCGAAGGUUCCAAGGCUGACGAGAAUGUUGAGGCCAUGCCGCUGGAAGAACUUCGAGCCAAGUACAGCAGUCUCGAGCGCCAAUAUGCCAUGCUCAACACCGAGUUGACCUCAAUGCAGACGGCCUACACGAAGUUUGCGAAGCUGGCAUCCUCGAAAGUCACCGACUUUGGUGCUAUGGAGGAGAAGAUUGCGCGUCUCACAGCAGAAAAGUCCAAGGCCGAUCAGAAAUUCUUUGCAGCAAUGAAGAGCAAAGAAGCCCGCGAUGUCGAAGUUCGCACUCUCCGAAUGCAAAAUUCGAAGACGUCGGAUAUCGUGUCACAGUUGAAGGAGUCUGAAGCUUCCACAAGAUCAUUGGUAUCCAACAUGGAUAAGCAAGUCAGUGAAACGAAGGAGGCGCUAAACAAAGCUCUGAGCAAACAGCACAAGAUCCAGCAGCAGUUAGCCGAAAGCGACAUCCUCACGAAUGGGUUAAAGCAGCAGGUGGCUGAGCUUAAAGAACUCUCCGUCUCUAAGGACUCGACAUUGGGCAAUACCAACUCUUCCUUACGACAAGCUGAAACAGAGAUUGCUAGUCUCAAGCAGUCUCUUUCAGAUACCAAGAAGAGCCUGGACAACUGGAAGAACAAGAGUCUUGGCAAUUCGUCCUCGGAAUAUGAAAUGCUACGGACACUCGCACUUUGCACGGUCUGUCGUCGCAACUUCAAGAACACCGCAAUCAAAACAUGCGGUCAUGUCUUCUGCCGAGAAUGCGUCGACGAACGUGUUCAAUCUCGCUCUCGGAAGUGUCCCAACUGCGGCAAAUCCUUCGGAAGCAACGAUUACAUGCACAUCACCCUCUAA